AUGGCUCGAGGUCGAGCCAUAGAUCUCAAGCUUCCGCCGACUAGGGCCAGGACCCAGCAGAGAGACUACCGAGCUCGGAAAGCUGCUCAUACGCGCGAUUUGGAGGAGGAAAAUGCCCGCUUGCGACAUGUCAACGCUGUGCUCCAGGACGAAGCAUCCCAACUCAGAUCCAUGUAUGCGAACUUUGUCAGCGCAUUGGAGGAAUCUCAGAGGGAUUUGAUGAACGCACAACGCAGACUGGAUGCCGCAAGAGACGCUCUCACUCAGCUGGGUACACGCUACCCACCAUAUACGAACUACUCGUCGGCGGACACUCUUGUCCAUACCAGUCACACCAACGUGACCCCGUCCAGUCAUGUCACCUCUCCAAAUUCACCCUGGAGCUCCGUCCGGAUGGCUCCCACUAUCGAUCACCCGGUCGAUACCCCAAAUCCACGCUCCGAAUGCCAACCUGGGAAACUUGAAUCGCCUCCGGAUCCGAGCGAAGAGUGCUGCUUUGGUCUCGUCGUCUGUCCAGACUGA